AUGAGGGUCCCUGGCCGUGCCACCACCUCUAGGAGGGUCCCUGGCCGUGCCACUGCCCCAGGGAGGGUCCCUGGCCGCGCCACCGCUCCUAGGAGGGUCCCUGGCCGCGCCACCGCUCCUAGGAGGGUCCCCGGCCGCGCCACCGCCCUAGGAGGGUCCCUGGCCGCGCCACCGCUCCUGGAGGGUCCCUGGCCCGCCCGCUCCCCUAGGAGGGUCCCUGGCCGCGCCACCGCUCCUCGAGGGUCCCCGGCCGUGCCACCACUCCUAGGAGGGUCCCCGGCCGCGCCACCGUUCCUAGGAGGUCCCUGGCCGUGCCACCGCCCUGGAGGGUCCCUGGCCGUGCCACCGCUCCUAGAGGGUCCUCGGCCGCGCGACCGCUCCUAUGAGGUCCCUGGCCGCGCCACCGCCCCAGGAGGGAGGGUCCCGGUCGUGCCACCGCUCCUAGGAGGUCCUGGCCGCGCCACCGCUCCUAGGAGGGUCCCUGGCCGCGCCACCGCCCUAGGAGGGUCCCUGGCCGCGCCACCACCCCUAGAGGGUCCUGGCCGCGCCACCGCUCCUAUGAGGGUCCCUGGCCGCGCCACCGCCCUAGGAGGUUCCCUGGCCGCGCCACCGCUCCUAGGAGGGUCCCUGGCCGCGCCACCGCCCUAG